GAGCCGGAAGUGGGCUGUGAGGCAGCCGGGGGACGGGGGAGCGGUGUGCGGAGCGCCCGGGGCCAUGGCAGAGGUGCACCUCAUUGGGCAGCUGUUGGGCGCCAGCGGCUUCUCCCAGCGCCGCCUCUUCUGCAAGUGGGGGCUGCACGCCGGAGGCGCCUGGAAGCUGCUGGGGGGGCUGUGUGAGGGGCAGACGCAGGUGGACGACCCCCAGGCGGACGACAUGGCGCAUUGGUGCCACCCCCUGGACGUCCACUUCGCCACCAAAGGGCUGCAGGGCUGGCCCAGACUGCACCUCCAGGUGUGGCACCAGGACUCUUUGGGCCGCACGGAGCUGCUGGGUUACGGUUUCUGCCACGUCCCGUCGUCCCCCGGCUGCCACGCGCUGUCCUGCGUCACCUGGCGCCCGCGGGGGUCCGGCGUCACCCAGCGCCUCCGUCACCGCCUUUUGGGGGGGGGUCCCCAACUCAGAGCCCCCGACCUUAUCUACGCCGGUGCCGAUCGCUUCCGCCUGCGCACCGAAGCGGCCGGCACUGUGCACGUGGAGCUGGGGGUGCUGCUCAGGCACUUCGGGCGCUAUGGGGUGCAGUGCUAAAAGGGGGGGGGGCUGAGGGGGGC